AUGAACGGCCCAAACCCUUGGCCGCCCUCUCAACAGCACCAUGUUGUUGGGAAACGUCCCUUUCGUAAUCAAGAUGAUGCUUUUUCGCGGUCUACCGAUGUUGUGGAUAAUUCCGCCGCGUCGGUGCCUGAGGCAUCUGAUAUCGACGAAGACCGCCUACGAGCUCACUUUGACGAAUUGUAUCGCCAAAAUGAAAUUAGAAUUGCGCAAAUGUUCGCCCCCGAUGGCUCUAUCAACCAAGCUGUUUUAGAAUCAUGGAGGCGACCUCCCUCCCGUUCCGAUGCCCUCCCCCCGACCACCGAUCACGCCGCCAUACAAGAGCGCCCCUUAAAAAGAGCAAAAAGAGUUAUCGACGAGGACGACUACGGCGAUGAAGAUGACGAUGACGACGAAGAAGAGGAAGACGAAAGACCCACCAACGCCGCUAAUAUAUCAUCCCUAAAAUCCAAAGCCGCUUCUACCUCUGCCGCGAAAGGUCUCCCCUCCCCCUCUAAGUCAGGAAGCUCCCCUAUAGCGUUCGCCGCGUCGCCCGACAAACUAUACGAAAAAUCAAAAGAAUAUGGGUCGCAAGGAUCGCAAAUAUCACAAGCGCAAGCUAAUAAUUCCGAAGACGCGCGCAAACAGUUGGAAGAGGCGCGUAAAGAUACCGAAGAUGUCGUCAAGCGUAGUUUUCAUACUAUAUUUUAUACACUCGAAAAUGAUCGAGCUGCCAUGUUGGAACAGCAACAGCUUGAGGAAUCUGAAAAACAACUUCAAGCUGAAAUGGAUAAAAAUAACAAUGGCAAUGCGAGUGGAGGCGCGUCUGGCGAAAACCAUGGAUCGCUUAGUAGCGCAAAUCUCGGCGCGUCCAGUCUUACACUUAAGCACCUCAUUGCGCGCAUAGAUAUGAAGCGCGACAUGGUGCGCGCAUCCGAUGCCGAGUUGCGCUCUCUUAUGAACGAAGUCCGCAAGAAUAGAAGCAAGUGGGCCAGCGAAGAGAAUGUCAACCAAGAAGAACUCUACGAAGCUUUGGAGAAAGUCUUGACAGAACUCAAAGCUCAUACAGAAUACUCAACUCCUUUUCUUCAGAGGGUGAACAAGAAGGAUGCUCCUGGUUAUCAUGAUUUUAUCAAACAACCUAUGGAUCUUGGAUCAAUGACCAAGAAGCUUAAGUCGCUUACUUACAAAUCCAAGGCCGACUUUGUCACCGAUCUUAAUUUGAUAUGGGACAACUGUUUACGAUAUAACCAGGAAAUGACUCACCCACUUCGGCGCAUGGCCAAUGGAAUGCGAAAAGAGGCCGAGAAGCUUAUCCCGUUAAUCCCGGACCUUGUCAUCCGUCCCCGUGCUGAAGUUGAAGCCGAAGAGCGGCGUAAACAAAACGGCGGCGAUGAUGAUGGUGGCGACGAUUCGGACGACGAGCCGAUAAUGUCGUCUCGUGGCCGAAUCGCCGGCGGAGUCAAAGGGACUAAGUCGAGGAAAACGCAUUCUGACCAAAAGGAGGGGACACCAAACGUAGAACAGAAACCUAUGCUGCAACUAAAUGGCCUACUUGCUAAAACUCGUGAGGGUUCCGAGCUUGAUGGGAGUAAUGGAUUCGCAACACCUGGUAUUGGGGGUUCCAUGACGCCCAGUGGGUUGAAUGGGCAUUCGGGCAUGGGUAGUAAUGUCGAUGCGAUGGAUAUUGACGGUCCUGAGCUAAAUGGUAUGGCACUGGGACAGGCGCUGGACGAGGCUGCUCAACAGGCUUUCGAAACCGAGGAAUAUAAAAUCUGGAAGCAAGUGACCAAAAAGGACCGUGCUUUGAUCACAAAGAGCCGCCACCAACUUUUUGCCAAUGGGAAGCUGAAUGUCGAAGAACCUGCAUUGCUUCGGACUAGGGCCGGUAUGCGCCGGUAUUUGCGCAACCGGCAACAGGCAGAAGCUAUUGCUGGUUUUGCUCAGGAUUUAGCGGAUGCCCCGGGCAAAGAUCCGAAGGCGACCGAGACUCUUGCUGAAGGCAUGGAGGAAGAUGAGGAAAAAGUUAUCCCAGACUACUAUGAGCCUCAAACCAUUAUUCCUGAUAUCCCGCCAAAUCUCCGAUGGAUCGAAGACAGCGAAGGCCAAGUUAUCAACCAGCAUGAGGAAUUCCUUCACACUCUGCCGCCUGGGGUUUUUACCGCCCCGAAAAGUAGUCUCGCGCAGAAGUUCGACGCAAAUCUUCGACAGAUGCAGGAUACAAGAAAGAUCUGCUCCAAAAUCGGCGUAAUAAAGCAGAUGCAGCUCCAAACUCAGGUAUAUGCGAACCAAUUCCCGAAGUACAAUCCCGAGCCGUUCCAUGAAGCCGACGUUGAACCGCAUGUUGUAUCUGGUGACAAUAUUGUCAUGGCACCACAGGUUUGCAGGGCUGCCUUGCAACGCUCUGUCGGGAAAAUAUUUUAUCACGCCGGUUUUGAAGAGCUACAACCAUCUGCAUUGGACACGGUUACUGACAUCGCUGCCGAUUAUUUCAUGAAGCUGGUUACCACCUUCAAGAAUUACACCGAAAUCGAGAUGAAAGAUCCUUCCCCGGAAAAUAUCCAACGCGGUUUGACUGCCCAGCCUCGUUAUAACGACGAAGAAGCCUUAUUGCACACCCUCUGGGAAAACGGCUACUCAAUCGAAAAUCUCGAGAGCUACGCCAAAGACGAAGUCGAAAGGCUCGGUCAUAGACUAGUUGGUAUCCACGAUCGCAUGAAGUCUCACUUGGGUGAUCUUUUGCGCCCUGCCGUAACAGAGACAGGCCAGGACGGAGGAACCGCUGCAUUCGACGAAGACAGCGAACAGUUUAUCGGAGGUGAUUUCGCUGAAGACCUUGGUGAAGACUUCUUUGGAUUCAAGGAACUUGGUCUCGCUGGAGAAAUGGGUGGCAUGCUUUCUGUUCCCCUGCAUCUUCUCCAAUCGAGAGUCAGAAACCAGUACCAAGUCCAUAACCCGACACAAGGUCCUUCCGAUGUAGUCCUCUUCGAAGAUCUCGCUCCUCCCGACCCUGUCACCAAAGAGAACAUCCAGGAACAAAUCGGUCUUGUCAAGAACUUCUUCCUCGCUAAGCUGCACGCUAAUGGCGACUCACCUUUGGUGGAAGAUGAAGACCUGCCUGUCAAGCAGCGACGACCACGGCCGAGACUCGGUGCCACUGGUAAAAUUGUCUCGCCACAGAAACGGCCUCCCAAAGAGCAAAACGCCAUCAAUAAAAAGAAAAAGAAGAUGGAAGCUCAGGCAGCCGAGGCUAGUAAGGCAACCAACAAUAGCCCCGAAAAAGGUGGAGCGAAGAAGGGUAAAGGUGUGUCAUUACCAAAUGGUACUAGUAGCCAGACAAACGGCAACACUUUACCUGUGGCUCCUCCAAUGGAACGUGUUGAGAGCGCCCAGAGUCAAGGCAACAAUAGCCAGACAGAUAAAGACGACACAGGUAUGAUGAGUCCAGAAAGCAUGGAGCGUUAG